GUAUAAUUCUUUUAUAGGCCAAAGUAAUAAAAGUCAGUUAAGUGUACGCUCGAAUUUGUUCUACUCACGUACAUGUAUAUAUAUCUGAGUACGCCUCAGUCAGCUACGAAUAUUGCUCUUAAAUCGUGAUGAAGAAAAUCUACAGGAAAUUGAUUAUCCAGUGAAAUCUACUUCUAUUUUUAUUUCCUUGGCCUAGAGAAGAUUAAUAACCGGUAGUGAUCCUUAUUGAUCAUAGUACAUUAUCUCAGGGAGCACAGAGAGGACUAAGAUGAGAGGGAUUGCGGUGUUACUGCUUUUUACAUCGGUUGCCUUUGUCUUUGCCGUGAGGAAGAGACUUGUUUACUGCACACAAUUAAUGGAACAGAUAUGUUAUACUCAUGGAUACGAUCCCCAAUGUGGAACCAAUAACUUUACUUAUUAUAACAAAUGCGAGUUCUCACAAGCCCAUUGUAAAAAUCGGUACAUCCAUCUCGCCCACAACGGCACGUGUCACGGCGAUAGCUACGCUCAUAACAUGACCCAUGGACAGGAAGUUGUAUUCGAAAUCUUCUGCAAGUCCGUGACGUCACAUACGUGUCCGGAUGAUUUUGCUGAGGUGUGUGGCUCUGAUGGCCACACUUAUAUAAAUCAUUGUUUCUUUGAAACGCACCGUUGCCUCCAUCCUGAUCUGUACAUUGUGACAGAGUCUCCGUGUGCAAUGAAUCCAGUGGGAUAAAAGCAAUGAUGUUUUUGAUCUACUGCAGAUAAACAAUGAAAAGAU